AUGGCCCUCUCCGCCUCCGUCGCCACGCGCUACAAGCUUCUCUCGCUGCCUGUUCCGCGUGUGCCCGAGAAUCUGACGUGGAGUGACGUGUACCCUGUAUGGGUGAACGAAUCCGACGCAUCCUGCCCAAGAAUUCCGGAACCGAACAAUCCAGAUUGGCUGACCAGCAUCGACGCCAUUGUCGCACAUGUGCCCUGCGACGAGCCUAGCGAUUCCUGGGCAAAGGAUGUUCGCUGGCUUCACCAACUUCUCACUAUAACAAGCUUCGUCACAAGGGCGAAUCGCACGUGGUUACCAGUGGUGUUACUCUCCGCAUGCCGCCCGCCGCCCAACCUCUUCCACUGCUCGCGACUCGUGACACGGGAAGGCGACACGUGGCUGUACAACCUGACCACCAGUGACAUUCUGACACGUGUACAGCCCGUGGGAUCAUGCGCCAUGGCUCAGCCUAUCAAUAGCGAGGUGGCAGCCAACCAACGCGUCGCGUAUGCUACAGUGCUACACUCAUCGGAUCGCUACGUGUGCGGCGCAAUAGUAUUGGGGCAGAGCAUAAGGAGGACGGGCAGCACGCACGAGAUGGUUGUGCUUGUAUCGAAGGAGAUUCAAGAGGAGAGCAGGCGAGGGCUUAAGGAGGCGGGGUGGACGGUGAAGGAGAUUGAGAGGAUUCGCAACCCCCACGCAAUCAAUGGAACUUAUAACGAGUGGAAUUACAGCAAGCUGCGGCUGUGGCAGCAGACAGAAUACACCAAGCUGCUCUUCAUUGACUCGGACCUGCUCCUGUUGAACAGCAUUGACUUUCUCUUCUCCUACCCUGAGAUUUCCGCCCGCGGUAACGACGGCACGGAUUUCAACUCAGGCGUGAUGGUCUUGGAGCCGUCGGAUUGCACGUUUGAGCUGCUGAUGGCAAAUCUUGAGCGCGUGCGAUCGGAGAAUGGAGGGGACCAGGGCUUCUUGAACAAUAUCUUCACCUGGUGGCACCGCGCACCAGACUCCGUAAACAUCCUCAAACCGGUCUGGACCUCUGACCCUGUCAAGAAACAAGCUCUCGUCUAUAUGAAAAGCAGGUGGUUUUCAGAAGACCCUUCAGAAAUUCACGCAAUACACUACCUUGGCAUGAAGCCAUGGUGGUGUUAUCGUGAGUUUGAUUGCAACAUCCUACUACCCUAUUUCUUCGACUUCACUAAUGAGGCGGCUCAUAAGAGGUGGUGGAGUGCGCACGAUUUGCUGCCAGAGCCACUGAAGCAAUUUUGCAUGAUAUCAAGUCAAGCAGAGUUGAAGCUGAAGAAGCUGAUAGAACAAUCAAAGCCACAACCAGCGCCUUAG